CACCACCACCGCCACUUCCCCACUUCGUCGCUUCCUCAUCUCUCUUCUAAAAGGCGCCUCUUUUCUCCGCCUCUUCAUCCCAAAACCCUCGCUUUCCGAAUGCCAUCACGUCGCCUCUCCUCCUCCUCCGCCGCCGCCGCCCACCACCACCUCAUCCUCCUCGCCUCCGCCACCACCGUCUCCUUCCUUCUCCUCAUCUUCUUCGCCUUCCUCCUCCUCCUCCUUUACUUCUACCUCUCCCACUGCCGGCCCCCUACCCUCCCCCUCUCGUCCCCCUCGCCCUCUCCCAGCCCUCGCCUCCGCCGAUUCUCCUACCGCUGCCUCCGCUCAGCCACCGCCUCCUUCGACCCCUCGCGCUCCCUCGGUCGCGGCGCCUCCGCUGCCGUCUUCCGCGGCGUCCUCCCCGACGGCAAGUCCGUCGCCGUCAAGCGCCUCCUCCUCCCCCUCUCCUCCUCAUCCGAUCGCGACUUCCACAACGAGCUCCACGUACUCUCGGGCAUCCGCCCCUCCCCCUUCGUCGUCUCCCUCCUCGGAUACUGCCUCGAGGGCAGCCAUCGCCGCCGCCGCCGCCUACUAGUCUACGAGCGCAUGCCCCAUGGGAGCCUCCAGGAAGCCCUCUUCUCCUCCACCUCGCUUCUCACCUGGGACCGCCGCUUCUCCAUCGUCCUCGACGUCGCCCGAGCCCUCGCCUUCCUCCACCUCGAGUGCGAUCCGCCUGUCGUCCACGGAGACAUCAAGCCCAGCAACGUGCUUCUCGGCUUCGAUUUCCAGGCGAAGAUUUCCGAUUUCGGGCUGUCCCGGAUGAAGACUGAGCCCGAUCUCGGGCUCGAUUUCUUCAGCCAAGAUCUCUUCCAGAGUCGAGACCUCGCUCAGGAGAGCCCGCAGGUAGAUUUCGCCCAUACCCUUCCUUCCUCUUCUUCCAUUAAGCUCAGUUCCAGUAAUACCCCGAUCCGGAAGGAGGCAGUGGCAACCACCGCGUCAUUCCCCGUCCAAGAUGAAACCUUUAGCUUCGAACAUAGCAAAGAGUUGAGUGCCAGUGUGGAUGAUUUAAGAACAGAGUCCACUGAUCCAUGGGACAACCAUUGGUGGUGGAAGCAGGAUGGAAGCAGGGAGUUGAGCAGCAAAGAUUAUGUUACAGAGUGGAUUGGUAGCCAAAUUUGCACCUCCGGGAAUCCCGCUUCCGAUAAGUGUUUUGACUUCAGGAACUCGAGUCGUGUAGAAGUCGGGGAUGAUGCCCUCUUCACUGGUGCUCAUACCGAGAAGAAACAUGAGAAGAAGAAAUGUGCUCUCCAUUCCGACAGGAAGAUGAGAGAAUGGUGGAAGGAAGAAUACUUCGCAGAGAUUAGCCGGAAAGGCCAUUGCAAGAAAGAUCGACAGCGGUGGUUCCGAACUAUAAGUAACCUCGGCGAAGAGUAUGCUAACCGUAGUAGGGACUUGAAUGUGGACGUAAGCUUUAGGAAGAACUGCAGGAAGAAGAGAAGCCGAUCGGUGGGCAGCGAGAUGUUCAGCUGUGACCUGCUCAGCAAGGAGCUGAGUAGCACAACAAGCAUCAGAGGAACAGUGUGCUAUGUUGCUCCAGAGUGCCAUGGCUGCGACCAGCUGAUGGAGAAGGCCGAUGUGUACAGCUUUGGGGUGCUGAUUCUGGUUAUCGUGUCGGGAAGGCGGCCAUUGCACGUGCUGCCGUCGCCGGUCAAGCUCGAGAAGGCGAACCUCGUGAGCUGGUGCAGGCAGUUGGCUCAGGCAGGCAACCUGUUCGACCUAGUGGAUGAGAGGUUGAAAGGUGGAUACGACAAGGAUCAGGCAAGCCUCUGCAUCAACUUGGCCCUCUUGUGCUUGCAGAGGAUUCCCGAGUUGAGGCCCGACAGCGGCGACAUCGUCAAGAUCCUCACGGGGGAGAUGGAACUCCCAGUUGUUCCAUGUGAAUUCUCUCCUUCUCCCCCGACUGCUAAACACUACAUCAAGUCAAGAAGGAAAGCUUCAGCAGAUGCAGACUAACAAGCUGAAGAUGAUGCUAUUGCUUUAUACUUAUGCAAUGAGAAGUUGACCUACAGCUGCUUCAAAAUUCAGAUAAAAGCAAUAAGUUGCUGUUCAUGAUUGAGAAAGCAGUCAUAAACAAUUUGAAGGCAUCAAUUUAGUCGGCUGUUGCAAACCAACUUCUUGAUCUCAUGGUUCAUUUUCUACGGACUCUAACUCUGGAAUUGUAUUAUAUUCAUUUGGGUGGUGAUGCCAAGCUUCAUCUUGCCCCGGAUUCAACUAGAUCUUACUAACUUUUAUAUUUAACAAGAUAGAGAUUGAUUGAUUGAUCUCACAUGCAGCAUGCUUAAAGGUUAUGGGGGCUUCUGUCGUUGAGUGGGGAAGAGUGUCACAUGGAGUUUAUCAGUUCUGCUGUCUGAAUCAUGAAUGUUUUUGGAUCAACUCAGUGUAAUAUUAGCAAAUUCCAAGUUAAUUUAAUCGGUUUAAUUAAUUUUAAAA